GUUGCUUCUAACGUUACAAUAGAAAAUUGUAUAGAGAAAGUAAUAUCGCGGCAGAAAACAUGUUUCGAUCCACCGUGCUGUGCAUACUCUUCGUUACUGUCGUCUUUGUUCUUGAAAGAGAAACCAUGGCACAAGGAUCUUACAAGUGCAGCGAGAACUCAACGUUUAAUCCUUGCGGAACAUUGUGUGAACCAUCUUGUGGAAAUCCUUACCCCGAUACCGUGCUCUGUUCAUUAAUCCCAUGCGUCCCAGCCUUUGGCGGCUGCCGUUGCAACGAUGGAUACGUGAGAGACAGUAACACCACGCAAUGUAUAACGUUCAAUCAAUGCCCACCACCGUAAACCCAUGCAUAUUCAAAUAUCAGUUCCAAAUAUUUUUAAUCUUGUCUUUAAAUAUUCUUAUGCACCUAUGUAACAAUAUAUGAUAUUCUUCAAGCAAUUAUACCAAGCAUAUUCAUUAUCCAAAAAAUCUUUCCAUCGACAAUAUUGUCCCCAAUUUGCAAAAUACUAGUUGACAAAAAAUAGCUUCGAGUUCGUUUUAUUGUAUAUACAAGUAAGUAAAUUUGUUAGUAAAAUUCAGAAUUUCAAGUUAGAGCAUACAAGUUUCUACCAGAACGAUGAUUAAUUAGUUACCGUUCGUGUUCCAACACCUUGCAUAAAUAUUUCAAGCCAGCGAAUUUUACGGCAUGUUAUUGCCAGGCGUUAUCUUCAAAGAUACAGCUUGUACAAAACGCACGCAAAUUUGUACAGAAAAAAGGAGUAUAAAAAUGGGCGAUUUUAGCCAGUUCGGCAUCAGAAACGAAAAGUACCAAUUUCAACAGUCAACAUGUCUCGUUUCGCAAUUUUCGUGCUCCUCGCUACCGUGCUCGUCGUUCUUCAAACGCAAGUGAACGGCCAAGACGUGCCACCGUGUCCAGAGAACGAGGAAUUCACGCUCUGCGGAAGAGCCUGCGAGUCGACUUGCAGCGAUCCUAAAAGGAGCAUGAUGUGUCUUGGAUGCGCACACGGUGAUCCCACGUGCAAGUGUAAGGAUGGCUACGUCAGGAAAGGUGACGCGUGUGUAUCCCCUGAUCAAUGCUGAAUACUAAACGACAUUGUUCCCUUCAAACGAAUUGUUUUUAUGUAACUAGAUAAAGAACGUUCUUUCAAUGUA